CAAAAAGUGAAAGACGUAGAAAACAACUAAAAUAAAAUACAUCAUGUUCUAAAGUCUUGCUUUGCUACGUGGACAACAAAAAUAAUCCGCUUUAUUUUUUAAAGAAAACAGCAAUUAACAGGCUGCCAGAAUGAAUGAAGCCGAUAUUCCUAUCGAUAUUCACACUUUGAAGCUACAAGACUGGCUGGUCAGUCGUCGAAUAGUUCCAAGAAACAUUCAACCCUACAUCAAAGAUAUCCGCGAAAAAAUCAGCAAUGCCCUACAGGAUAUGCCUUCGAAUGACCAACUUAUUGCUUUGCUUUCUGGUGCACACAUAAACUACUACCAUUGUAAGGAAAUUGUUGAGAUUCUCAAACAAACUGAGAAAGACACAAAAAGUCUCUUUGGGAGCUAUGGCAGUCAAAGGAUGAAGGAUUGGCAAGAAAUAAUUCGAUUGUAUGAGAAAGAAAACAUCUAUCUUGGUGAAAUCGCUCAAAUGUAUGUGCGGAACAUCAACUAUGAAAUUCCUGCUGCUAAGAAGCACAUAACCAGACUGGAACAACAAAGUGAGGACGCGUUAAAGCGCGUUAAGGUGCUGUCAAAACAGGAAACCUCACUUUUAAAUGAACAUUCGUCGAUUCUUCAGCAGUUGGGAUUGAAGGGAAUAAGUUUGCGACGGGAGAUCACUGAAUCCUUGCAGAAACUUCCUGAAAUCUAUACACACUCACUUAGAAACAUCGGAACACUGCAGGAAGCAGUGGAUAUGUAUGCUAGUUUUUCCAAAAACGAAAAGUGUCUUCCCAUUCUCAGACAUCUCAUGCAAUUCGGAAACACAACAGUCUACCAUUAUGUGCAUAAAGAGGCGCCGUUGAUUGUGGAGGAGAAUCCAAUUAUCUUAAAUCUGGUCGAAGAAGAAUCACCUGUCGGUGAUAAUGAAAUUGAUUUUGGGAAUGAUGACAACGGAGACUCCUCAACCAUAUCAGGGGAGAUGAUUGACUUUGGGGACUUGCAGAUCGAUACACCUGCAGAAUCAGGUGGUGACAUCGAUUGGGGUAUAGAAAGUACGCCCGCGGAUGAAAAAGAGAUUGACUUCGAUGUUCCUAUCGAAGAAUAUGGCAUGGUCAUUGAAGGUGUUGGUGUAGAUGGAGGAACUGCCAAAGGUGAUGAGGCAUACACCCUGCUGGAUUCCCCAAACUAUCGUGAAAGAUUCCGAAACGAACUCUACGAAUUGCAAGCAUUUGUUGAACGACGUCUAAUUGAACUCAGUCAGGAGGAUGACGCCAGCAAUAUGUUAUAUUCAAUGAUGGAAUCCUUAUCCACCCAUGACGCAGCGAGUGUUAAAAAAAUGGCUGACAGUGUCAACGACAUUCUAGCUGAGGUUGAAGACGAAAAUACACAACAGCUCUUCCAGCUUAAGCACUCGCCUAAAUGUGCCGAAAUUCUGGCAUCGAAACUUAAGCAAAAAAUGGUGGCUGUCGAGAAGGUUCGUGCGAAUCAGGAGGCUCUUAAAAUAAAGUCCGAGGAACUAUUGAAAGAAAGUGUAGAACUGAUUCCAGUCCAGGAUAAACUUAUCGAACAAACUAAAAUUCUACAAGACAAAAUUGAAAAGGAAAUUUCAAAGCGUUACAAAAAUCGUGUGGUCAAUUUGAUGGGGGGAUUGAAUACCAAUUGAAAUUGGUAUUGCUAUUUGUUUUAUAUUUUAUGUUAGAUCGAUAUUUUAGUCGAAAGUCAAAUACAUUUUAUUUACACAAAACAA